AUGCCCUACACCAUGAAUAUAUCAGCUAGCGACUAUCCCAUCAAAUCUGUAAAGGUCUACAAAUCAAAGGCUGAAAUUGUUCGCAGAUUCAAAUUGGAGCUCAAGUCAGACCAGAAUAAGAUUGAGAUCGUAAAUCUCCCCAGCGACGUUGUCAGAGACUCGGUCAGAGUCAGUGGCUUAGCGAACGCUCGUCUUUAUGACGUUGUGUGUACGAUCAGAACCUCUCGCGACGCUGAAGAUACGGUCCUUGAAUCCAUACGUCUCCUUCAGGUAAAGAAGGUCGAAUUAGAGGGCCAGAAGAAUGUCAGGCAGGCGGAAGCCGACCUCUUGGUCAGCUGGGCUAAGGGCGUGACCGCGGAGCACGUUGCGUAUGGCGACAUGCCCGCCUUUCUACAGAAUUUUGUAUCACAGGGCAAAGACAAUCUCGAGGCCGUGACCAACAUCAGCGAGGAGAUUAUUACCAUCGACCGUCAGAUCCAGCGUCUUAAGGAUGAGAAAGAACUGAGGAAGGGGUCAACGAACGCCAAGGUUGUGGUGGUCAUCGGCGCCCAGGGGCAGCAAUCUGUGUCGUUUGAUCUGACAUACGCUGUAACAAAUGCUUCAUGGUCGCCGACCUACGAGCUUCAUGCAUCAAUGGAGGUCGGGCAACCCACCACUCUCCAUUACCGUGCACAAGUCACUCAAAGCACUGGAGAGGACUGGGUAGAUGCUCCUCUAACUUUGAGCGUCACAGGAACUGGCGGUAUAUCUCAUACAAUUCCAACCUUGCUUCCGUUGAAAAUCAGGCCUGCCUUUAAGCCAGUCGGAGGCAAUCAGUUCAGUGCCCCGCCUCCAUUCGGCCUUAGUAUGGCGCAAUCCAACGCGCCUCAGCCUGCAGUAUUUGGUCAAUCAUCAAACCUAUUCGGCACGCCUGCAGCGCCUCAAGCCCCGAGCGCUGGAUUAUUCGGUUCGGCGGCGCACCCAACCCAAGCGUUCGGCGCGUCUGGGGGGAGGGACAAAGCCGUACCCGCUUCACGUUCUGAAGCGGAACUUCAAGAAUAUGUCGAUAUCAACCCAUUCGGGGACGACAUACCCAGCGAACCAUCGAAACCAACGACGGUCGCCUCAGAGUCUCCAUUAUCGAUAUCCUUCGCUAUCGAAGGGCAAACCACUAUCCCCACUGAUGGACUGAAACAUCAAGUGCCCAUUGCCAUCUUACCUGUCGGCGUGGAGUUUUCGCACAUCGCGGUACCUCGUAUAAGACCAGCUGUAUACAUCCAGUGUCGCGUUACAAACACUUCUGAAUACCGCUGGCUCGCUGGAAAUGUGAGCGUGAUAUUAGAAGGAAACCAUGUCUCUAGUGUGUACAUUCAAGGAGUUAGUGUUGGAAAAUCCUUUGACUGCACGUUAGGAGUCGAUUCGGCCAUGAAAGUGAACUACGAAAAGAAGAGCGUCGUCUCCAAAACGGCAGAAAGAUCCUUCGCCGAACAGAUCAGCAUCGCAACCUGCACUACCAAAGUUACCAUUUCGAACAGUCAUAAAUACGAUGUCCCUAGACUUCUUGUUCGAGAGUGCCUCCCACUAUCUUCACCCGAUCAAGAGGUCAAGGUCGUUUUGAAAUCGCCUGCCGAGCUAGCAGACGCAAAAGACAAGGAAGAGGUCGAGGUCCGGGAUGGUCUCAAGGUGAUGUGGUCUCCAGUCGUGGAUGGGAAAGGAGGUGAGAAAGAUGGCAUGUUCGAGUGGCGUUCCUCCGUCAAGGCGGGCGGAGAGAUUAUCUUGGACGCAAAUUGGGAGGUCAGGACUCCGAAUGGGAAAUGGGUGGAAUACUCCGAUCCCCAAUGGGCCCAGUAA